AUGUUUAAAACGGAAAUAAAACAAUUCUGCUUAAGCACGGCUUUACAUGGAUACAAAUUCAUAGUUCUUCCAAAAAGAACAUUUUUAGAAAGAUGUUUUUGGAUAACUAUUUGCUUAUUAGCAUUAUCAACUGCUUUAACGUUAUUUUCGUUAGCCUACACUAAUGUUCAAAAUUACCCUAUGAUCACAGUUACAGACAGCAAUAAUUAUCCUAUUUGGCAUUACGACUUUCCUGCUGUUACAAUUUGUAAUCAUAAUAAAAUAUCGAAAAAGAAAGCAACUAUAUUAGCUAAAAAAUUAACACAAAAAUAUAAUAUUGACCAAGAAGAAGUUACCCAACACAUCAAACUACUUUAUUAUCUUUAUGAGUAUAAGACCCAUACCAAAAUACCAUUAGCCAACUUAACAAACUUUCAGUAUAUUCUUGAUUCGAAUAAUAUUGUGAUAAAUAAAGAACUUUCCGAUUUAGCUCCAACUUGUGAGGAUUUCUUAGUAAAGUGUAUAUGGAAAGGGGAAUCGCAAAGGUGUGGAAAUGUUUUCCAAAGAAUUUCUACUUCGAAUGGAUAUUGUUGCAGCUUUAACCUUCACGCUUUAAGAAAUAGUACUAUUGCUAGAAAAGAUAAAUACCAGAAGAAUCCCAGACGGGUGUCAGGCUGCACCCACGAAACUGGAUUGGAAUUACUGGUUAAUAACGAACCAAAAGAUUAUUUUGCAUCUAGUUUUCCCGCAUAUGGAGUAGAUGUUUUAAUUCAUAGUCCUUAUACUAUCCCAGAUUGGAAUUUACAAAAUAAUCUGAUACAAAUGAAAACAGUGAAUUUUCUUGGUUUAACUCCGAGUUUAACUUAUUGUACUAAAGAAGUCCUUGAUACUUCCGUAGAAAAAAGAAAAUGCUGGUAUUCCCACGAAAGAAAUUUGAUCUAUUAUAAGAGAUACAAUUUCAAUAACUGUAUGGUUGAAUGUCGAAUGAAUUUAACAAUACAAUUAUGUCACUGCGUGCCAUUCUUUUUCAUACCUAAUGAAAAUAACUAUGCAACAGCUAGAUUAUGCAACUUGAAAGAUGUUAAAUGUUUAACAUUAAUAGCAGAUAUGGUGAAAAGCUCUGUGCCUGGAUUUGUAGAUUCGGGUAAAUAUCACAUAUCUGACAUGGAGAGAGGAAAUUGCAAUUGUUUACCCGAUUGUCAAACAAUCGACUACACCAUUGAAAGUUCUCAAGGAGUACUUUCCACGGAAUUCUCCACGAAUCAUCUAAAUGUAUAUACUGGAAUGAAAUUGGUGAAUCAUUCGGUUAUAAGAAUUUAUUUUAACGAUCUCGUCGGUACCAAAAACCGUACAGAUGUACGAUUCAAUUGGCACUCGUUAAUAGCUUAUUUUGGUGGACUUCUUGGACUCUCGAUGGGAUUUAGCCUCAUUUCCGCAAUGGAAAUUGUUUAUUUCUUCUCCACUAGAGUGUUGACAACGAUCAAGAGAAAAAAUAAUUCUGAACAAAAGAUUAAUCCUCACCUUAAAAAUAACAAAAACUCAUGUUCUGUGGUGAUUUAUAUGUCAUCCGGCUCGUGUGCCGUGAUUGAAGUUUUUAAUCAUGGGAAAGUAACUUCUAAACAAAAUUCUGUAUGUACUUUAUGUAGUUAA